GUCAAUAGUCGGUGGGCCGGCUCAGUUGAUGAAGUCCUGCGACGUGAUUGGUCCCCACUGCGCGAGGCUUCACAGAUGAUUGGUCCAGUCGCGGGGAGGCUUUUCAGCGCUGAUUGGUUCUCACACGGGGAGGAGUUUCCAUGGUCCACAGUGGAGAUCGUGUCAAUUUCAGAAGCCAUCAUGGCGCUCGGUUCUUAUCCCAAAGAACAUUCUUUCAGCAACUUAAUAGACACACUGAAAAGUGAGAAACACGAGGACCGGAAGUAUUUCAGUCCAGCGAAGCUUCAGGACCCGAGAUACGAUGAGCUGCCCCUGUCCAUCCGUGUCCUGCUGGAGGCUGCCAUCCGGAAGUGUGAUGAUUUCUACGUGCGCAAGGAGGAUGUGGAAACCAUUCUGGACUGGCGACGGCAGCAGGGCUCAGCGGAGGUGCCCUUCUCCCCUGCCCGGCUCCUGCUGCAGGACUUUACCGGCAUCCCGGCUAUGGUGGACCUGGCAGCCAUGAGAGAUGCCGUGGCCAGGCAAGGAGGUGACCCCAGCCAAGUGAACCCCAAAUGCCCUACGGACCUUAUCGUGGACCACGCGCUGCAGAUCGACUUCGGGAAAUGUGCCAUUCAAAAUGCCCCGAACCCUGGUGGAGGGGACAGCCAGGCCACCCCCGUGAAGUCAACUCCAGCCAAACCUCGUGGCUGCGGCCCCCAGAGAAGUUGUAGUAAAGGGGCCUGUAACGACCCACCCUCUACCUCAGCACCAGCUGCCGCUGUCCAGAUAGAGAACACCCCGCUCCUGUGUCCCUUCCACCUCCAGCCUGUGUUUGAGCCUGAGAUUGCCCUCAAGAAUCAGGAGAAGGAGCUGAUUAGAAAUAGAGAGAGGCUUCAGUUCUUCAAGUGGUGUUCCCAAGCUUUCAAGAAUGUGAACGUGGUGCCGCCAGACAUCAGCGCUGUGCACCAGGUGAACCUUGAGUACUUGUGCCAGGCGGUGCAGGAGCACGAGGACUUUGUGUACCCUGACAGCGUGGUGGGUACCGACUCCCACACUACCAUGGUCAAUGGCCUGGGCAUCCUGGGCUGGGGUGUCGGAGGCAUCGAGUCGGAAGCCGUCAUGCUGGGCCAGCCUGUGACCCUGACGCUACCCAAGGUGGUGGGCUGCAAGCUGCUCGGCUCUGUCAAUGUCCUUGCCACAUCCAUAGACAUCGUCCUUGGGAUCACAAAGCACCUUCGCCAGGCCGGGAUAUCUGGUAAAUUUGUGGAGUUCUUCGGGCCGGGGGUCUCGCAGCUCUCUGCUCCGGACAGGACCACUAUUGCCAACAUGUGCCCCGAGUACAACGCCACAGUCAGCUUCUUCCCUGUUGAUGACGUCACGCUGAAGCACUUUAAACAAGCCAACUUUAGUGAGGAGAAACUUGAAUUGGUGGAAGCUUACCUCAAAGCUGUGAAGUUGUUCAGAAGCUAUCAGGACCUGGGUGAAGACCCUCACUACUCUGAGGUGAUAGAGAUUGACCUCAGCUCCAUCGUCCCCCAUGUGAGUGGACCCAAGAGGUCCCAGGACCGGGUGGAGGUCAGCAAUAUGAAGAAAGACUUCCUGAACUGCCUGAAUGAGAAGGUGGGUUUCAAGGGCUUCCACAUCCCUGUGGAGAAGCAGACCACGCUGAUGCCCUUCUUGCACGGGAGCAGGGAGUACCAGCUGACGCAUGGCUCCGUCGUGCUCGCCGCCCUCAUCAGCUGCACCAACAAUUGCAACCCGUCCGUCAUGCUGGCUGCAGGGUUGCUGGCCAAGAAGGCAGUGGGGGCAGGGCUCUCUGUCAGGCCUUACAUCCAGACCAGCCUGGCACCCGGCAGUGGAAUGGUGACACACUAUCUCAGUGCAAGCGGAGUGCUGCCGUACUUCAGCCAGCUCGGGUUCGAGGUCGUCGGCUACGGAUGCGCCACAUGUGUGGGGAACACCUCCCCCCUACCGGAAGCUGUCGUCAAUGCUAUUAAACAGGGUGACCUGGUGGCGUGUGGAGUGCUCUCAGGGAGCCGACACUUUGAGGGGCGCUUGUGCGACUGCGUUCGUGCCAACUACCUGGCCUCCCCACCUUUGGUGGUGGCCUACGCCAUCGCUGGCACCGUGAGCAUCGACUUCGAGACAGAGCCCCUGGGCUUGACGCCAGAGGGCAAGGAGGUGUACCUGCGAGACGUGUGGCCCAGCAGAGAGGAAGUCCAGCACACGGAGGAGAACAUGGUCAUCUCAUCCAUCUUCCGCGAGCUCCGAGAGAAGAUGAAGAGGGGGAACAAGCUGUGGAAAGACCUGGAAGCAUCAGAGGCUGAGCUGUUUCCCUGGGAUCCUAAGUCGACCUACAUCAGAUGUCCCCCGUUCUUCAAUAAGCUUACCAAGGAGCUAUGUGAGCCACAACCCAUGGAGAACGCCCACGCCUUGCUCUUCCUGGGGGACAUGGUGACCACCGAUCACAUCUCUCCAGCGGGGAGCAUCGCCCGGGUUAGCGCUGCUGCCAAGUACCUGCAGAGCAAGCGCCUCACUCCUCGGGAGUUCAACUCUUACGGGGCCCGGAGGGGCAACGAUGCAGUGAUGACCCGGGGGACCUUUGCCAGCAUCAAGCUCCAGAACCGAUUUGUUGGCAAAGCUGGGCCCAAAACCCUGCACGUUCCGUCCGGACAGAUUAUGGACGUUUUUGACGCCGCUGAGCGCUACCAGAGAGACGGAAUCCCCCUCAUCAUCCUGGCAGGGAAGAAGUACGGAUCUGGGAACUCGCGUGACUGGGCAGCCAAGGGACCCUACCUGCUGGGUGUGAGGGCCGUCAUCGCCGAGAGCUUUGAGAAGUUGCAUAAAAACCACCUGGUUGCCAUGGGGAUUGCCCCCCUGCAGUUCCUCCCUGGACAGAGUGCUGACUCGCUGGAGCUCAGUGGCAAAGAGAAGUUCUCCCUGUGCAUUCCCAAGGACCUGUCACCGGGACAAGAGAUCACUGUUAAGACAAGCACUGGGAAGACUUUCCAGGUGAUUGCCUCGUUUGAGAACGCAGUGGACAUGGUGUUUUACAAACAUGGUGGCAUCCUCAAGUUCGUGGCCCGGAACGCACUACCCUGAUGUGGCCCAAUCUGAGCAAAGCCUUCUUCAUCUGCUGCAGCCGAUACACGUGUGUUCAGCCUGCUGGAACAUUCGGAGGAUUCGGCCCGAGACAUCCCUGCAGUUUUUUUUUUCCCUCCCCUCGGCAGUAAAGGUGUCACCGAGACGGUUGUGUCGCUUGGCUGCAGUACAAAGACUGACCAGUAAGGGGCAGAGCAGAGGCACAGCCUGCAGGCUCCCAUUCACAGACCAGGUUCAGCAGAAACGCCGUCCCUCUGGUUUCUGUCCCAGUGGGUCCCGAUGCCUUUGUUUUUUAUUUUUUUUUUUUGCACUUAAAAAAAUAUCCAGUAAACUUUCACAGGACGCUAGUAAAUGUGAAAGAAAUGUAGGUUUUUUUUUUUUUUUUUUUUCCCCCCCUUCUUCUCACUGUGUCUGUGUUGUACUCGUUGACUGUUGGUGAAUUUUGCAUGUUAGACUUGCCGUCUCUUCUGGUCUCGCCGCCGCCGCUGCUCCUGAUCUCAGGCGGCGUGCGAUCCUCUCUCCUUCGCGGUGCUUCUCCGGGCUGUUCGCAAAGCCUCCCUUGUGUCAAAGAGCCAAGAGCAACACCCCCGGUGCAUGAUGCCACGUUUCUGCCAUGACUCUCUUUUCUGCAGCUCUCGCUAAUGUACAGUGAGAUAAAUUAUUCAUGUUUUUAUAUUACUCUUUAAGGGAUGCUUUCCCAGGUUUUGGCAGUGACUGCUAGAAGAACAGCAUGAUAUUUGCAUUUCACUCUGAUUGAAUCACAGCUCAUCUCAACUACGUUCCACAGCCCCGUAAAACUGCUCUGUAGUGGCAGUGAAGAGAUUAUAGUUAUAUUUAGUAUUU